AUGGGAAAGACAGACAAACUGGCAAGGUUAAGAGCUGCCAGAAGUGGGGCCAAAAUUGACGAUUUUGACUCUGAGGAGGAAAACGUCAAUAUCUAUGACGUUGUUGAUGAAAACCAAUAUAGAAAGCACAAGAGAGAUCGAGUUUUAAAUGACGAUUUCAUAGUCGAUGAUAAUGGCGCAGGGUAUGCGGAAAAUGGUGCUGAAGACUGGGAUGCUCAACCCAAUGCAUACACGUCUAUGGAUGACGAGGAGGAGAUUGAAUACAACAAGGAAAAUGGCAAACCUAAGAAACUGAAAAAAGUCAAGAUGUUUAAGGAAAGCGAACCUGUUAUUCCAACGAAGAAAAUCGAUUCAUUCUUCAAGGUCCAGCCUUCUCAAUUAGAGCAAAGGCAAAAGGCAAAGAAGAGUAAUGACUCGAGUAUUUUAGAAGAUAUUCUGUCUGAUUUCACCUCACAGGCUACCAGCAUGAUGAAGAAGAAACCUACAGAUGCUGCAAGUAAACGUAAGAAUCCAUUCUCCUCUUUGAAAUCCAAUGGAUUGAAUACUUCCACUCCCGCUAACAAGAAAACAUAUGUGAUGUCGAUGUCGUCCAACAUAUCUGAUAACAAGCCAUUUGAAUUCACUUCUCCAAGUAGGAAGAAACAAAAAGUGGACUCUAAUGAUGAAACUAGAGAUACAACAUUCUAUACAGCGCAUCAAUUUGAAGGGUCGAUCCCCUUUGAAACGCCUUCUUCCCCGAUUAGAUCAAAUAAUUUUCAUUCUAAGGCCAACAUUUUGGACCAGCUUGAGAACGUUUCGAUGGAUGUAUCAACCCAUGAGAAUAUUAAAAAUGAAGAAGAGGAAGAAGAAGAUGAUGAUGACGAAGACGACGAUGUUAUUGUUUCGAGUAAGAGGAAUAGAAAUGUCGUUAUGGUAGACCGCUCUGUUAUGCUAAAUGGUAAGAAGUCUAUAAACAAGGCAGUUGAUUCUUCUCCAUUGAAAAAUCUUAAACACAUUGACAUUGGCUCAUCACCAUCCAAGGCAUCCAACAUCUCCAACAUGUCGAACGUCUCCAGUAUCACCUUUGAAAAACUAGGAGGUGAGGAUGUUGUUAUGAAAGACGACGACGGGGAUGAUGGUAUCCAAAUGUAUUGGAUGGAUUACAUAGAAUUAGAUUCUUCUCUUCUUUUGUUUGGUAAAAUCAAGUCAAAAGAUGGUAGAAUGGUUUCAGGAAUGGUCCAGGUCAAUGGUCUAUGUAAGACGCUAUAUUUUCUACCAAGAAAUGGACAGGCAAGGGACCAAAACCAAAAGUCAAACCCAGAUGAAAGCAUUGCAACAGAAUCGUAUACAGCAAUGGAUGUAUAUGAUGAAAUUAUUCCGUUGUUAAUGGAUAAGUUUGGACUUGAUUCAAUCAAGGCCAAACCAGAAGUUAAAAAAUAUGCAUUUGAACACUAUGAUAUCCCGCACGAGGCAGAAUAUCUAAAGGUUUUGUUGCCUUAUAACACACCAAAAUCCCAGGGUGUAACCAUCCCAGCAGAUUUGACAGGUGAAACUUUUUCUGCACUCUUUGGUUCAGGGACAUCUAUUUUUGAAUCAUUUGUGUUACAGAGACAAAUAAUGGGUCCAUGUUGGCUCAAUAUCACAGGAUGCGACUUUAAAUCGUUACAAAACGUUUCUCACUGUAAUGUUGAGGUUGCUGUUUCAUCACCAUCUGACAUUUCACCGAACCUCUACACAAGAGAUCCUCCACCCCCACUAAAUGUUCUCUCAAUUAACGUUCAAUCUUAUUUGAAUCCCAAGACGAGUAGACAAGAAGUUGGUUCUGUUUCUAUGGCGUUAUAUAGGGAUUUACCACAGGAUGUUCCAAUUCAACCUAACCUUGAACCAACCGAAGAAAUCACCUUACUAAGGCCUGUUGGAGGCACUACAUCUUUACCCAUUAGUAUAAACGCCUUGGCAGAAAAAAGAAAUAUCAAACUAAGAACUUUGAACAGUGAAAAAAUACUUUUGAAUUGUUUAGCUGGCCUGAUAAAGAAAUAUGACCCAGAUGUUUUUGUAGGUCAUAAACUAGAAGGUGUUACACUAGAUAUUCUAUUGCAUCGAAUGAAAGAUUUGAAUAUCAGCCACUGGUCAAAUUUUGGUCGUAGAUCGAGGAAAGUAUUUCCAGAUAAAUUCAGUAGGUCUAACGGCCGAUAUAAUUUAUUUUUGAUACGUGAGAUGUUGGCAGGCAGGUUGUUAUGUGAUAUUUCAAACGAAAUGGGUCAAAGUUUGACACCAAAAUGUCAAAAUUGGGAACUGGCAGAAAUGUUUGAAGUUGUUUGUCGUGAAAAAUAUACACCAAUGGAAGUCAACCUGGCAAAUCCACUAGUCGCAGAAGAUCCUAAUAAGCUGUUAGCUGCAGUGAACGAAAAUGUCCUUUCUGCAAGGAUUAUUGCAAAAACUGCAUUUGGUAUGCAAAUUUUAUCCAUUUCGAAGCAGUUAACUAAUUUAGCAGGUAAUGCUUGGUCACAUACUUUAGGAGGUACUAGGGCUGGAAGAAACGAGUAUAUUCUACUUCACGAAUUUGAAAGAGAAGGAUUCAUUUCACCGGAUAGAGAGAACCAGCAACAAAGGCAACAAAGGCUCAAUCAAAAGGUGAACAUUGAUGUGGACGAUGAAAACAAUGAUGAAAGCAAUACCGUGAGUAAUAAAAAAGCAAAAUACCAAGGUGGUCUCGUUUUUGAACCAGAAAAAGGUUUGCACAAGAACUACAUCUUAGUGAUGGACUUCAAUUCUUUGUAUCCAUCAAUUAUCCAGGAGUACAAUAUCUGUUUUACAACUGUGGAAAGAGCCAAUUUGGUUGGAGAUGAAUUGCCCAAAGUUCCAAGUAAACGUGAUAUGGGUGUACUGCCAAAAUUGCUACAACAGUUGGUUACAAGACGUCGGGAGGUAAAGUCAUUGAUGAAGGAUCCUAAAUUAACACCUAUUGAAAAGGCACAAUUAGAUAUCAAACAGUUGGCGUUAAAAGUUACCGCCAACUCGAUGUAUGGUUGCCUAGGUUACGUCAAUUCGAGAUUUUAUGCAAAACCAUUAGCUAUGCUAGUCACUAAUAAAGGUAGAGAAAUCUUGAUGGAUACCAGACAAUUGGCUGAAAGUUUAGGCUUAACAGUUGUUUACGGUGAUACUGAUUCUGUUAUGAUUGACACUAUGUCGGAUAAUUAUAAAGAUGCUAUCAAGAUCGGUGAAGGUUUCAAGGAAAAAGUCAACGAAAGAUAUCGGUUACUAGAGAUUGACAUCGAUAACGUGUUCAAGAGAUUGCUGCUACAUUCCAAAAAGAAGUAUGCAGCUCUAAACGUUUUCUUCAAUUCAAAUGGCGAAGAAUCGACCACUUUGGAAGUCAAAGGUUUAGAUAUGAGGAGACGUGAAUAUUGUCCAUUAUCCAAAGAGCUCUCGGAAUAUGUUUUGAAUCAAAUCUUGAAUAACUCAGAUCCACAGGAAGCAUUGAAUGAAAUCUAUACCAAAUUGCAAGAUGUCAGAGAAAAGUUUAGUAAAAAUGCUAUUCCAAUGGUAAAGUUACGUAUCAAUACCAAGUUAUCCAAGGAUCCGUCUAAAUAUCCGAAUGGAGUUUCUAUGCCUGCUGUGCAAGUCGCUUUGAGACUACAAGAUCAGGGUAAGGUUAUUAAAGCAGGAAGCGUUAUUACCUUUGUUAUUACAAAUGGUGAACCAAGCGAAAAAGCGCCUUUAAAGAAUGACCAGUCUUCAAUAGCAUCAAGAGCAAGAGCACUAGUUGAAGUCAUAUCUAAUAACGAGUAUACACCAGACAUCAAAUACUACUGUGAAAAACAACUAUUCAAUCCCAUUGAUAGAUUACUUACUAGAGUCGAAGGUUAUGACGUUGUUAGGUUAGCAGACUCUUUAGGCCUAGAAUCUCAAAGAUACGAAGCUAAGGCUAGAGACAUUGUCCAGCAAAACGACUUGCAACCGUUGGAGUCCACCAUACCUGACAGUGAAAGGUUUAGAGACAUGAAGGAUUUUUCGUUGAAAUGCCUCCAGUGUUCAAAAAACAUUACAUUUGGUGGGAUUCAACCAAGUAAUCUAUAUCAAGUUACAUUUCAAGGUAUCAAGUGUAAGAGCUGCAAUUGCUUUUUGCCCCCAUUGUCUAUUUCUUCCCAGCUGGAACUAUUUAUCAGAAAAGAGAUUUCCAAAUAUUACGAGUGUUGGCUGAACUGUGAUGAUUGUGGAAUUCGGACUAGACAGAUUAGUGUUUACGGUAGAAGAUGUAUUGGAUCUAACGGGACAGCGCAUGAAUGUAAAGGUGUUAUGAGUAUCGAGUAUAACAACAAGGCAAUUUAUAACCAGCUGCUCUACUUGAAGAGCAUAUUUGAUGUUGACAAGGCAAAGAGUAAAUCUCUCAAACCACUUGCCAUUGAUGAUGAAAACUUCAAGUCAGCUUCCAACCAGGGAGAGAUCAAUGCCCUAGCGGAACAGAAUCGAUCGCAGUUCCAGAUAUACCAAAAGGUAAUUCAGAAAUAUCUGGAUGUGAAUGGUAGAAGAUUUGUUGACUUGGGCUCUAUAUUCAGAAACAACUGA